CUGCUUUGACGUCAUUAAGAGGCGACACAGAACCGGAUUAAAAGAAAUAUACCAUCUUCAGAAAAAAAAACUAUUCUACUGGGAGGAUUUAUUACAAAAUUUCUAGCCAAAUCAUCGUCACAUGAGCUGACACAGUGUUGGUUUAACUCUUUUUAAUGGCCACCCCGAGUAAGACCCCACCCGGGGCUGACCCGAAGCAGCUUGAGCGAACAGGGACGGUCCGGGAGAUCGGCUCCCAGGCGGUGUGGUCUCUGUCUUCAUGUAAACCAGGUUUUGGAGUGGAUCAGCUGAGGGAUGACAACCUGGAGACCUACUGGCAGUCAGAUGGAUCCCAGCCUCACCUGGUCAACAUUCAGUUUAGGAGGAGGACGACGGUGAAGAUGUUGUGUAUUUACGCCGAUUAUAAAUCAGACGAGAGUUACACUCCGAGUAAGAUCUCCGUCAGAGUGGGCAACAAUUUCCACAAUCUUCAGGAGAUCAGGCAGCUGGAGAUGGUGGAGCCCAGCGGCUGGAUUCAUAUCUCUCUUUUAAAUCAGAGAACAAAUGAACCAAUCAGCACCUUCAUGAUCCAGAUCGCUGUACUCGCCAAUCACCAGAACGGCAGGGACACACACAUGCGUCAAAUCAAGGUUUACACCCCCGUAGAGGAGAGCUCCAUCGGAAAGUUCCCACGCUGCACCACAGUGGACUUCAUGAUGUACCGCACCAUCAGGUGAUCCCCAGUGGCUGACCUGGCAGGUUUGGGAAUCGCAAUACGAGGAGAAAGAAGAUGGAGACUGAGCUGCUUGUGAGACGACUCUGAUGGUCGUCAUCGAUCAGCUUUACACUGGUUUUCAUUAGUUGGGAUAUUUCAAGUUGCCAAUAUUAAAGAUAAAGGGACUCGAACUGGGUUUGGAGUAAAACCCUGGUGCCAACAGUUCUUCUGGAUUGUUUUUUGACUGUGAAAUAAAUAUUUUUA